AUGUCAAAUCCCUACUCUGAAUGCUCAAUCAUGAUCGAUUACCCAGGCAGGGAUGGACAAAGAGUUGUAAAUAAGAAAGGUAAGAUUAUGUUGUGUAUUGAGGGAGGGGUGCCCACUUUGUUGGUCCAACAAGGCACAAAAAAGGUGGUGAUUGAACUUGACUCUGAUGAUAUUACUUCUUUUAAGAUAGAUGCGACAAAUAUUACGGAUAGUAAGUCGUCUUUACAAUUUGUUUACAAAUAUGGAAUGCUUUGUAACAUUAUGUUGUCAGACCCAGAAACAUUCGAUGGAUUUUUGGAACUUAUCAAAGCACUCAAGGCGUAUUGUCACUAA